AUGCGCCACAGAUGGGCUGUAGUGAAGAAGAGAAGGCGUGCUUUUGGGAAGAUCUGGCGCAGUACGUCCAAUCCCUGGAAGGAAGUACUUCUAAUCGGAGGAGACUUCAACGGACAUGUCGGUUCUCGGAAAGACAGGUUCGAGAGUUGUCAUGGUGGAUACGGUUUUGGAGCUCGCAACGACGACGGAUUGCGAAUCCUGGAGUAUGGUGUCGCAAGUGACUUGAUCAUUGCUAACACGCAGUAUCGGAAAAGAAAAUCGCAUUUGAUCACGUACAUCAGCAGUCGUUGUGAAACACAAAUAGAUUUCUGGAUGUUACGCCGAUGA